AUGUGCUCAGGCUUGUUAUUCCACCUUUGUGCUACACGCUGGUGGACGACUUCUCCACCAACAUGCUACAUACCUGCCAAUGGAUGGCAUUGGCAUCGUAUCCACAAUUUCAUGAUGUGUGCAUUGCUUUCUGUGUGGUACACUCAUGUCAUAGUUGGCAGUGCCACCAGCCCUGUGCUUGGUUUUGUUCUUGAAAUGAUGCAUAAAUGUUCUUGGAUGUGCUGCCUCCAGCUGAAUGCAUUUCUGGCACCACGUGUCUUCCUGGUGGGUACGAGCCUGACGCUUGCGGACAUAUGCAUUUUCGUCGUCGUCCACAAAGCAGUGACAGGAUUUCCCGUGGCUCAGACAAAGCGCUUCUGCAACCUGUUGCGGUGGCACGACUUGAUGCUGAACAUCGCAGAAUGGUCCGGUAUCAUAGCAACAGUCCCGCUAAGGAAGCCAGUCUUUGACUUCACACCACCACAGCCGCCCCCACCACAGCCCAAGGCACCAAAAACUGAUCCAGGUCAGGCCCAGCAGGCUGACUCAAAGGCCAGCUCAAAAGCUGAAUCGAAGGCUGCAAAAAAGUCCAGUGCAGUUGAGGCAACGAAGACCUGA